AUGGCACCUCACCCUUUCGACUCCGUCUUGGACUCGGAAAUUAGAUUGGCAAGUAAGCUCGUCAAAGAUGCCCAUGCUGCCUCUGAUAAGGUGCAUUUCGUCCAGAUCGACAGAUUGGACCCACCAAAGCAAGAUAUGAUUAAGUACUUGGAGGCAGAGAAGCACGGUGCACCUCUUCCCACUAUUCCAAGAGUCUUGUACGUCUACUACAACACCAACGUUUCUGAAUUUAACAAGGCACUCGUCAAUGUUACAAACAGACACAUCAUCACUAAACAGAAGUUGCCUGAGGGUGUCGUUGGUCCAUUUUUGCCUGAUGAUGUUACCGACUGGGAGGACCACUGUAUGAGCCACCCACUUGUGUUGCAAGAGGUUCAAAAAUUGCAAUUGCCAAAGGGAUACCAGAUCAGAACUGACCCAUGGAUCUACGCUACUGAUGAUCCCAAUGAGAAGAGAUCCUUGGUGCAAUUCUUCAUGUAUGUGUUGGCAAAUGGCGGCCACAAGGAGUCUAACCAUUACUCUUUGCCAUUGAAGUUUUCUCCAGUGUUUGAAGCACACUCCAAGAAAUUCGUCCGUAUUGACUACUUGCCUGGUGGCUUUGAUGAGACAAUCACUCCAACCGGCCCAUGGCAAGUUGUUCAGGGUGUUGAGUAUCACCCAGAAUUGAAUGGCGAGAAGGUCAUGAGAGAGCCAAAGCCAUUGUUGAUUCAACAACCAGAAGGUGCUUCCUUUACCACUGAAGGCUCCAAGGUCAAGUGGUUGGGAUGGGAGUUCCGUGUUGCCACCAGUGUUAGAGAGGGUUUUGCCGUGUAUGACGGUUGGUUUAAAGGUAGACAGAUCUUCUACAGAAUUGCCCUUUCUGAAAUGACUGUUCCAUACGGUGACCCAAGAGCACCAUACCACAGAAAGCAAGCCUUUGAUUUGGGUGACUGUGGAUUCGGUGCUAACGGUAAUGUCUUGAAGCUCGGAUGCGACUGUCUUGGUGUUAUUAAGUACAUGGAUGGUAUCACUAUCAACUCCGCUGGUGAGCCUCGUACUCUUGCCAACACAGUGUGUAUGCAUGAGCAAGAUGCUGGUAUUUUGUACAAGCAUGUCAACUACAGAACUGAGGAAGCCGUUGUUGCCAGAAAGAGAGAAUUUGUUGUGCAAACCAUCGCCACUGUUGCCAACUACGAGUACAUCUUGAACUUGAAGUUCACCAAUGAUGGUAUUGUUGACAUCGAGGUCAGAGCCACUGGUAUCUUAUCUACCAUGCCAAUUGACGAGAAUGUCUCUGUUCCAUGGGGAACAACCGUUGGUCCAAAUGUUAUGGCUGCUUACCAUCAGCACAUUUUGUCCUUUAGAAUUGACCCGGCUGUCGAUGGUCACAAGAACUCGGUCUUGUACGAGGACACUGAGAAGAUGCCUCGGAGCAAGUUGAACCCAUACGGUAUUGGGUUUGUCACCAAGAAGACAUUUGUAGACAAUGCUGGAUAUGUCGAGCAAUCUCCAUUCACUAACAGAACCUACAAGAUUGUUAACGAGAACAGAUUGAACCCAAUUACUAAGGGACCAGUUGGUUACAAGAUCAUGAUGCCAGCCAAGCAGAUGCUUUUGGCUGACGAAGAAUCCUUCAAUUCGAAGAGAGCAGCAUUCGCUACUCAACAACUCUGGGUUACCAAGUAUCACGACAACCAAUUGUUCGCUGCCGGUGAAUUUACAAACCAAUCUCAAACUGACACGGGUCUUGGUGAAUGGGUUAAAGAGAAAGAGCCAGUUAGAAAUGACGAUGUUGUCGUGUGGGCAACUUUAGGUUUCACUCAUAUCCCUAGAGUUGAGGACUUCCCUGUCAUGCCAGUUGAGACUCACAACAUUCAUCUUGUUCCUGCUAACUUCUUCGACAGAAACCCAGGAUUAGACUUGCCUCAAUCAUCGCAAUCAUUCAACAAGUCUGUUUUGGUUGAGACCGGGGCAGCUCCCAAAGCUUGCUGCAAGACUAAUUUGUGA